AUGAUUAUUCUGUCCAAAACACUACCAGCAUUUGAUGGUGAGAAUUAUCACCUGUGGGCAGUUAGAAUGGAGGUUUUUCUUGAUGCAAAUGAUCUUUGGGAAGCUGUUGAGGAGGAUUAUGAGGUUGGUCAAUUGCCAGAAAAUCCAACACUUAAUCAAAUCAAGUAUCAUAAGGAAAGAAAGCAGCGAAAAUCAAAGGCAAAGUCUUGUCUAUUUUCUGUUGUUUCUCAAUCAAUCUUCAUCAGAAUUGUGAUUCUAAAGUCAGCAAAGGCUAUCUGGGAUUUUCUCAAACAAGAGUAUGAAAGAAAUGAGAGAGUCAAAAGGAUGCAAGUGCUGAAUUUGAUCAAGGAGUUUGAGAUGCAGCGGAUGAAGGAGUCAGAAAGGGUGAAAGAAUAUUCUGACAGACUUCUAAGCAUUGUAAACACGGUGAGGUUGUUUGGGACAGAAUUUUCCGAUACAAGGAUAGUGCAGAAAAUCCUUGUGACUCUUCUUGAGAGGUUUGAAAAGUUACUCGAGAAUAUAAAUGCAUGA